UUAACUCUUAUUUAGUAUUUUAGUGUUUUAGACUUUAGUGAUUUAUACUUACUGGUUAUACUGUUUCUAUAGUGUCUAUUGGUGUAGUAUGAAAUGUGAAAUAUUAUACAAAGAUGACAAUAAUUUAGCUACUAAUAAUCAUGAAAAAGUGUUGAAUUUGACAGUAGGCAUCAAAAUGAGCGAAAAAUCAUACAAAAAUAUUAAAGCUAAGUUGCUAGAAUGCAACAAAUUACCAGAACCAAUAAAGGACAUAUUAAAAAUAACGAACAAUAAUUCAUUAAAAGACUUAGAUGAAAACGAUUUCAAUCAGUUAUGUAUUUUGAUACAAGAUUUCAUUAAGGAACAUCAGGGUGUUGAAAAUAUUGCACAAGAUGUAGAGCUAUUGUUAUGUUAUCAAUCCAUUUUAAACCUCGUCAACUUUACAAUUACUUGCGCUGAUGACGACAUAUUACCUGUAAAUGAUAAUGAUUGUUUACUUAAGACCGUAAUGGUUUUUCAAACUUUUUACCCUACAAAUCUCAAGUAUAAGUUCAAAUUAGAUAUAGUAAAAAUGUGCUGUAGCUUCUGGCAAUUUGUAACUACUUCAACAACACAAAAAAGAUCUGACAAUAUUUACAAUUUUGACUUGGUUUUAACUCAAAAUUUUGUUUUCACUUUGAAUUAUAUAUUUGAUACUAUUAAAGUGACUACAAAAAAAACGGACAUGAAAGUAUUAUCUACUUUAGUGUGGGAAUUUUGCAAAAUUAUGAGCAAUUUACCUUCCAAUUUAAAUGGAUUGAAUUUAUUUGUUUCCAAUUUAAAGACAUUGAUGAAGUGCCCAUUGUUUUUGGAAACUGAAACAGGAAAAUUGGCUAUAGCAGAUAUAUUUACAUGUAGUCAACAACUAUUUCUCAAAUUUCAUCAAACAGUUAGACAAAAUAUACCAAAAGCAAACAGGUCAGAAGCUGAAGCAUAUGGGGAAAUAUAUUUUAUGGCGUGGAUAAAUUCUAAUUCAACCAUAAGAGAAGUUAUUGAAGAACAAAUGUUUGACUUCAUAUCCAAAACACUGACUUUACGGCGUACAGGUUUAGCUUUUUAUGCUUAUCGUAAUGCCUUAAUUCUUUUGCAAAGUAUGCAAAAUCACAGAAAACAUUUAAUGUUCAGCAAAGUCAUAACUAAGCUAUAUGCUCCUGUUAUUUGGAGACAGUUAACGAGUGAAUUUAGUGUGGUCAGAUGUAAUGCUACUGACAUUUUAGCAAGAGCUUAUCCGUUGGAAAAAAGAGGAGAAGGUCGAGAAGUAUCUUCAAGGUUUUUAAUGAAACAACAAAAUGCAUUUUUGGAUUUAUUAGUUGAUGUUUGUCCUCAAGUUCGAAUAGCUGCUAUAAAAGGAAUUUGUAGCUGUAUGAGAUAUUUUUGGAAUUCUUUUGAAGAUGAUCAAAUAAUUGAAUGCUUUAAAUUAUUUAUACGUUUGAUUGAUGAAAGUGUAUUUGAAGUACGAAGGGUUUUAUUGUAUGGAUUUUGUCAGUUACUCGAGGAGAAUAAAUCCCACAGUUACUUCAAGAACCCUUUCCUUAUUACAAAAUUGAAACAUACAUUGAAUGACGAAAAUGAAAAAGUUCGGCGUUCUUUCAUACAUUUCUUAUUGAAAAUUAAAAAGAUUGAUUCUCAGUUAGACAUCGCAGAUAAAAUUAGUUUUACAAAAAUAGUUGAUUUAAGAGAUAUUGCUUUUGCACUUGCUCGUGAAGAUAAGCAAAACGGACUUUUACUUGUUGAUUUAAUUUUUGAUAACUUUUUUGGAAGUAAAGUACCUGACAAACAUACAACACUUAGAAGAUUUUAUACGUUUUACAAAAUUAAUCCAAGUGCUUUUCGUAAACUGAUAAUUUAUUCAGAAAAACAUCUAGACUUUAAUAGUGCUUGCAAACUUAUUUUAUCAUUGUUAAAAACUGUAUAUAGUGCGCUAAAAAAAAAAGAAGAACGUAUGAAAACUAUAGACAAAGAAAAUGAUAUGCCCCCUAAAAGGCAUAAAUCAAAUGAUGAUUCCGAUACAUCUAACGAUACCCAUAAUUCAUCUAACAAUUCAUCAUCAGUUAGUAAUAAUGAUGAAGAAGAACAAAAUGAACAUAAUAAUAUAUGUUGUAUUUUGGAUUGUGUAAACUGCCUUAUGAUACUCCAUCGUAAUGAAUUUAAGGAUGAAGAAGCCCGUCAACAAAUUAAAGAUAUUCAGGAUUCUUCCAUUACAUGUUUAAUUAAAAUACUUAAGUUCUAUAAGGAAGGUGAUGCUUACUACAGUGCAAUUAGUUUAGCAAGUUUGAUGCCAGUGACAAAAUUGAGUGCUCAUGUAUCAAUAACAAGUACAGCAUUAUCCACCUUAAAACAGUUGCCUUAUGAUAUAAAUCAAGCGGAAGAAGAGAUUGAUAUGCGAAAAGUUAAUUGUCUGGUUUACUCAUUGUGCAUGUGGAAACGAGGCUAUGAGAUACUUCAAUUUGUGAACGUUUGGUUUGAUGAAGCAUUCAAAACUUUAAAUCUUAAUGAAACACAAUACCCGGAUUCUAAAAUUGAUAAAGGAAAAAGAGUCAGAUUCAAAAUAAAUUUUGAUGAAUGUAAACCAAUGACUGGUAUCUUAUUAAUAAACUCGAUGCUUACCAAUUUACAAACACAGAAAACACUUACAGAUUCUGAUGUCAAUAAAAAAAAUAUCUACGAUCUUUUCUUAUACUUGCAGCGUGUCAAGGCAGCAAUUGAGAACCGAAUAUCUUCAGAUAAUGUUUUAAGUAACUUAUUAUCAGACGACGUUUUAAUUGAGUUAUUCUUGUUACAUAAUCGAUUACAUAUAAUUUAUUAUAGUCAUGAAAAAGACAUUGAUGAAAUUAUUAAGUAUCAAACUUCUAUUUUAAAUUGGGUUAUAAACAAUCUAUUAAUUUAUAAUUUACACCAUAAAGAUGAAACUACUAUUACAUUUGCAGUUAAAAUAAUAGAAAUUGUCAAUAAAAUGUCAUUAAAUAUGUGUUUAAUGGCUUUUGUGAAUACAACAUAUCUAGAUGAUUAUAUUACAUUUUGUGCUACAGUCUUGCAUAAUCAUUUGGGUCCUUGGCUACUAACAUCAAUGAUGGCAACUUUAGCACAUAUCUCAAAAUAUUUUAAUUAUUUAAAAUGUGUGGAUAAGCUUUUAAAUGAUACAUCAAUACUGACAAAUUGUGUCUGUAGUAUCAUAUCAGUCCUCAGUGAAUCUAAGUUUAAUGCAGAACGUUUUAUUAGUGUUAUUGGAGAUCCAAAAAUAUUUCGUAGUAAUUUGAUUAUGCUGAUUUUGGAAAUUUACAAGAUUAAUACAGUGGAAUUUAAACAAGUUUUUAUGACACUUAUUGAAACUAUAAUGAAUAUUAUUGCUAACCAAAUUCGAGAAAUUGAUGAAAUUGAUUUAAAUGAACACCUCACAGAAAUGCCAUUUGCUAGUUAUCAGUUAGCAGCAGUGGUUUUAAACAAUGCAAAGUUAAGAAAACAUUUUUCGUCUAAUGCAGUUGAAAUAUUCUCAUCUAAUGUAUUUAAAAAUGACUGUGUCUUAUUGCUAUCAGCAAUAUCUUAUGUCUACACCUUAUCAUUUCAAUUAAGCAAAACAAUAACAAUUGAUCUUGAACCAGUUGUAAAAAUGCUUUAUAAAACUUUAAUGGAACAUGACAAAACUAGAACUCCGCUUGGUGAUAACUGCACCAUAAAUAAUACAAAUGUUGACCGAGGCGUUUCUAUUUUGGAAACCUCUGACUUCAGUAAUGAAGUAACAAAUUUCAAACAAAAAGGACGCAAUGUUUUAAUUGCAACUGCUAAGCAAUUGCAUGUUACUUUAUCAGAGUAAUACAAUUAGGUUUUUUGCUUAACAAGGAAAAUUGUCUAAUUAAAAAAAAAACACUAGGUUGUCGGUUAAUAUACAAUAUAUUAUCGUCUUUAAAACCAGCAAAGAAAUUGAUGUUUGCUAAUUUAUGUUAGUAUAUUUUUUUAUUAAAUAUAAAUAAGAAGUAUUUAAAAAAUGACUAUAUCCAAUGUAAUAUAAUGCCCGAAUGUAAUUAAAAUACUUAUGAAACAAAAUAAGAUAUUUUUUGUGCAUACUUUCAUUAUUUUUUUUUAUACAAAUUCAUACUUUAUCAUUAUUCUAAUGAACAUAUGGAGAUAUUUGACAUAUUUAUAAAACUUGAAUUAAUUAAAUUAUAAACAAAAAUGUGAAUUAUUAAUAUAAGCCUAAUUUAUGUAAUAGUAUUCUAAUUUUAUUGUACUCUAAACUAGUUUGUAUCUUACAUUAUAAUGUAGAACUAUAAUUUAUAAUUACUUUUAGCUAUAAUAUUAAGAGAAUGUCAGAGCAACAUUUUUUAUUUCUCUCAGACCCACACCACAACAUAAAAUGCUUUCACCUAAAAUUAUUUAUAAUAAAUUUUGAACUAUUUAGAGUAAUCACUUAUAGCAAAAAUUAUAGUGGAUAAUAAAUUUGAUAAUAUGACAUAUCAAAUUAUAUUUUAUUAUUUGACUUUGUAUUUGACAUCCAAAAUAAAAAAAAAAUUUUAAUUUAAAAGUUCUUUAAAUUGUUUUUGAAACAAUAUUUAGGCAAAUUGAUAUGUUAAACCACCAAAAAAAUUAUUCUCUGUUGUUUUGUAAUGGGGGAUUUUACCCUAAUAGAUUAUUCAAAAACUUAAAAACAAUGAUUUUGCGUAAAUGUGUUUUGUCUGUUGCGAGUGGGCCAGAGAGAGAAAACAAAAAAGGUUCAUAAGUAUACCACAGAGGUAAAGGCGUGUUACAACUGAAGCUGUAGUCCGCUUGGCCACUCCGUCCCCCAUUUUAAUAUUAAUAUUUAUGUAUUAAACAAAAAAAAUUAAAGUUGAUGGAUUAUUUUUUAAUUAACUUAACUUCAACUUUUUAACUAGUUAAUAUCCACCUUUGAAUAAAGUAGAAGCAUUAUUUAAAAUGUAUUAAAAAUAUAUUAUUCUCAAUAACCAAUGUUGUAUUAUCGAAUAAAGAUGAUUGUGGCAUUAUAUGCAUAUUA